AUGGCCGUUCUCGCACCUUCGGAUUGGCAGUACCCUCUGAGAGAAUCGACAAUGGACGUUCCUUCUUCCAACUCGAAACAGCGCUCGCCUUCUGCAAACGAUCAUUCACCGUCGCAAGCAUCCACCGCGCAUAAUCAGCAACAGGGCGGCUACCAUCAGCCGCAGCAGCUCUCACAGCCUUAUCCGUAUCCCGUCCAGCAGCAGCCGCAGGGCGCUUGGACGCCGUCUAUCUCGGCCCAACCAUUUUAUCCGGCUUUCUAUCAAAAUCAGCAACAGCAACAGCCCUAUCCUCAGAUACCCCAGCAAGCCCCCUACUUUGACCCUGCCAACGCACAGCUCGCGGCACAAUGGGCGUAUCACAAUAUGCUACUUGCUCAGCACUCCCCCCAGAAUUUUCCACACGUAUCGCCGCCCCAACAACAUCAUUCCUCUUCUUCGCAAAGAAGCGGACCCACCCCUUCCUCUUCCAAUGACUACUUUUCCCAAAAUCAAAUUAACAACGUGUUCAAUCCAUUUCCUAGCGGUACCCCUCCGCCUCAUUCGAACCAUAGAGUUGGCGCUGGCGACCAUCCACAACAGCAGCAGCCGAAUGGACAAUACCCUGGUUUCCAUCCAUACCGACGCCCCAGUCGGCAACAGUCCCAAACCAGUGAACCCAGUGACUGGCGGUCCGGUGGGGUUCCGAAUCCUCCAUAUGCCAGGCCAGAUGCAUCAGGAUCAACUUCCUCCGUCAAUUCGUCGCACAGUUCACGCCAGCGGACAAACAGCAAUCAGAGUGGGCACAGCGGGCAUAACGUGCCGUCUGCGAACGGGAGCGUCCGUAGUAGGAAUGGAUCCUCGGCGGCCUCAGCUCCAAAUUCUGCACGGUCUUCGCCCUCAACAUCAACAUCGUCGCCGGCGUCCGGACCUCAGCGCGGACCACCUCACAAUCGCACACUGUCUUCCUCAUCUUCCGCUUCAUCGUCUAAUCGUCCUGGUUCUAGCCAUUCAGCUACAUCUCCUACAGCCGCAACGUCGUCAGCGACGUCUCCAAGCACGCCACGUCCCGCUCGACCUUCCCCUUUAUCUCAGGGAACGUUUACAGCGUCCGAGAAGCGGAUGUCUCGUGACGACAGUGAUUUGGCAGCCAUGCGCGAUCCUAUUCCUAGUGCCAGCAUGCUGCGUAGUGGCGGACUCAAAGGUCGACUGCGACGGGCGUUGUCUUUCAAUGCUGCUCAGGCUUUGAAGGAGGAGGAGGAGGAGGAGGAGGAGGAAGACUCAUCGGCACAGGCCUCAUCUCGGGUUGGUAGCUCAAAACUAAAACCCAAGACGCCUAUUCUUAUCGAUGCUGCUGUGAGUAAACCCGGAGGUGGCACGCGCAGUCCAGAUAGUCCUGGUGACGAUGUUUCGACAAGAGCUCCUUCGACGGUGCAGACGAAAAAGAAGAGUCGGGCGGCUUCUUUAUUCAAUUCACGGUUGAACGCGAGCACGGACAACAUAUCAUUAUCGUCUACUGUCAGUAGCGCGAGUGUAAUGAUCCGCAAGUUGGGAUCAAUGGGGAGACUGGCAAGGCGAAACUCGUUAGCUGGAAUCACGUCUUUGUUCAAAGACAAGGACAAGGACAAGGAUGGGGAGAAGAAAGGGAAGAAAAAGGACAAGAAAGGCAGCGCGAAGGGAGAGGCGAGUGAGGCAAGCGUAUCGCAUGUCACCGCGGAGUUGGACAGGAGCAGUAGUGACUGGAAUGUUGCAGGGGAGAUGAGCGGGCUGAGUCCAGCAGCAAAGCUAGCACGGCAGCACACGCUAAAAAGCAAUGCCGAGGCAGCUGCCAAAGCCAAAGCUCAGCAAGAAGCGGAGGCUGCGGCGAAUGCCAACGCGAACGCGGUCAAGGUGAAUGGGAGCAGCGGUGUAGCCGCCUGGGAGAAGAAUACGGCGACGCGUCAGGGAUCUGUAUCGCCUGUCAAGGGAGCGGGGAUGCGGGUAAACGAAGAUGGCACGAAGGUUCUAGUGGAGGAAGAUGAAGAGGACAGCGAGGAUGGCCAUUAUGGUCGUCAGGUUGGCCCUAGUGAUCAUAUAGAGGGCUGGGAGGAUGACGAAGAUUGGGGUGAAGGAGAAGAGGAGGAGGACGUGACGAUACGACAAGGACUCGAACGAGUGAGUAUGGACGAUGAGUAUGAGUAUCAGGAGGAUCCCGAACCUUGGGCAGUCGACGUGAGACGUAGUGUUGAGCGGACACGGACGCCAACCAAAGGUAUACUAAAAUAUGCAGCCUCUUAUGAUCAGCAAGUGUACCUUGCCGAGCAGACGCUACCGAACCGGGUACGGUCAAACUCAUACAAUUCACCCGCGCAAACAGAGUUGGGCCCGCUGGCACGGAUACCUUCGCCUGAUCCUGAUCACAUUGAUGGCCUCCAUAGACAUCCAUCGCACUCAUCGGCACAUGGACAAUUGCCGUCAGCCCCCUUGCUUCCGCCUUUGACAUUCGAGUCGUCUGGUCGAAUGAGCCUUGACUCGGCCAGAGAGAUGUCCUCAUCCCCCCAGCCCCAUGCUCCCAUACCUGAAAAGGCAUCUUCGAUAUUCAACCAUCCUAAUCUCAACUCGUCAGCGCCUGCUUUGUCAACCAUGACAUCCGCAGCGCCCACUUUAACACACCGGUCUGCGACAGCACCUACAAGUAAGCGCUUAGCUUUUGCCAGUAAUCUGUCGGUAUACGACACGUUUUCUGCUUCUGUCUAUGAUCGACGAAGUGAGCCUGCCACGUGGAGCCGACUCACGCCUGCACUGGCGCAGCGGAUAAAGGAGGAGUUAAAUUCAUACAAGAUGGAGGAGAUGGAAGUUCAUGCUGCCAGUCGGAUCCACACGCAGUUCUUUGUUUGA